UAAGGACAAAAAUAAUAUGAAGGCAUCCCAAUUGGUCCCAUAGGUCCCAUAGCCAAAGUCAUACCUUUAUAGGAGCUCAAGUCAAAAGUGGGAUGGACAGAAACUUUAAUCCUGAAAUUGCAUGCAGAUAGAAGAAGACAGUGCCACCACCAUCACCACCCAACGCCACCCCACCACCAACACCACUAACAAUCCCAGGAGCAAGCGACACGUUCCCCCAUUAUUGUCUUUAUCUCAUUCUUCUCUUUUUACUCAAAGAAGCUGCUAGAAUUUCAGCUAACUCAGAGGAGAUGUAUUUCUUUGGCUGCCGCAAUGCCUAUAAAUACACGGUGGCCUCUCCCCUUUUCUCAAUCAGCAAAGCUUGCUUUCUUGUAUUCUGAGUGGUACAUACGAUAGACUUUAAAGCUGCAUCGAACUUUUGUUUUUAGCUUCAAAAUGACCAGUUCUAGGGUUAUUGGUGCUGCAUUCUUGGUUUUGCUCUUUGUGGACUUGGCCUUUGCUGCUAGGUCACUUAGGGCUUUAGGCAAAGGAGGAGGUGGUGGUGGUGGAGGAGGAGGAAGCGGUGGAGGUGGAGGUGGUGGCAAUGGUGGGUCAGGGUCUGGAUAUGGUUCAGGGUAUGGUUCUGGAAGUGGCUCUGGAUAUGGUUCAGGAGCUUAUGGUAGUGGAGAAGGUGGUGGUGGAGGUGGCGGAGGAGGUGGUGGAGGUGGCUCUGGAUCAGGCAGUGGCUAUGGCUCUGGGUCUGGGUCUGGAUACGGGUCGGGAUAUGGGUCUGGUGGCGGGAUAGGAAGUGGCGGAGGUGGUGGUGGUGGCAGAGGAGGAGGAGGUGGUGGUGGUGGAGGCAACGGUAGCGGAGGCGGUUCAGGCUAUGGAUCCGGGCAUGGAAGUGGGUCUGGAUAUGGAAGUGGUGGUGGUAGAGGUGGAAGUAGUGGGGGUGGAAGUGGAGGAGGUGGUGGCAGAGGUGGCGGUGGCGGCGGCGGCAAUGGUUCUGGCCAUGGUUCAGGCUAUGGAAGUGGCUCUGGCUAUGGUUCUGGGUACGGAGGUGGUGGAGAUGAUGAUUACUUACCAUAAAUGAAGGAUGAAAGUUUACUUAGGUAACCGUAUAUUCAAUCUUUGUCAUUUAUAGUUUUGAAAAUAAAAUUGCAAUGUCUUGAGCCGUGCAUGCAUUUGCAUGGACGGAGUACGUUGCAUACGUUACUGAUAUUAAGACUUUUCUAAGGGUAUUUAUGACACCUUAUCAUGUGUCAUUAUUAUGAUUAUUGUAUCAUCAAAAUAAAUAAUAAAUACUAAUAAUUUUCUAUUUUUCUUCUUAAA